AUGCCACGUAAGAAGAAGUCACUUCUUACGCAUAAGAAAGUGUCAAAACAAAAAUUCACAAUCGGCAUACCCACCGAUGACGAUUGGAAAACGAUGAAAGAUUAUGGCUCGUUUGUAGUUUCCGAUGAAGAGGGAAACCCGCAUACAUUUUCCCUUCUAGAACUCGCGUUUAUUCUACCGGAAGGGGUGCUUCCAGACGGUAUUCACCAUCCCACUGCGUAUUGGAUUGGCAGAAUCAAACAAAUUAGGGCAAGGGGCGAGGGAAAUGUAUUCAUAACGCAGGUAUGGGCUCUAGUACAGUGGUAUUGGUCGCCUCAAGAAGUCUCCUCCGUAAUCAAAUCCUUUGAUGUCAGUGGCUGCGGCCAAUAUGAAAAGAUUUACUCAGAUUACUGUGAUUACGUAUCUUCCGACAGUUUCUGUGGUAAAUUCCCAUCUCUCGUGUUGCAUUAUCAGUUUGAACUCUGUCUAGAUCAUGCGACUGUCGUGAGAUACAAUGAACGAGAUGUCGACCAAAAGGUGUUCGACUCUGAUGAGUUCUACCAUCGUUUCGACUUGGAAUACCGCGCUCGGAGAAUCACCCCGAAUAUCAUGCUUUCUGCUUGUAUCUGCGGUGUAUCUUACAAUCCCGAUCGAGACCCAGUAAUGCAUUUCUGCCCGCGUCCAAGCUGUCGCAUAGCCUUCCAUCAAGAGUGUUUGCAAAGACCGACUCAAAGAUCAAAUGCAGCUGCCAGGGCUCGGAUGUUCAUUGAAUGUUGGCCCGACACAGAUGCAAAGCUAGUUAUCGAAGAUUUGGUCGACUCACGACCAUGCCGAAAAAGGAGAAAGGGAUCCAAAACUUCGAUCUCAGAUGUCCUUGAGGAAUUUCCCGUGGAACUUGUGAAGGCGGCUCAGCAACAGAUUAUCAAAGGUGUGCAAGCGGGGGGCGUUGUCGGGAAUGUGAAAGCGGUGGUGGCAGCUCGCCAAUUGAUCUACCACACCUUGCUUGAUGGGUCUGAUUUACCCACUGACUGGGAGGACAAGGUGGACGUCGAAGCGGCUAUUCCCCCGAAGAGAAAGAGUUGUCCCGUGUUUUUGUGUCCCCAGUGCCAGAGUCUCAUUUGA